AUGGAGGAACAACGACCAGACUUAUGCAAUGAAUGGGUACUGAAUGAAGCUUUGAGCGUUGCAGUGCCUGGUACUGGAGAAACAUUAGCAGCUGAAUCAGAAUUUGAUUGUGAAUUUCCUUUUUUCUGGUUGAUUAAGGAAGCCAUUGAAUCUAAAUGGGAAUCUGUAAGAAGUUUAUUAGAUGAUCAUCGUCAAAAUGUGCAUGUUGGACUGUGUGACAUGUUACAUGAUGAUCCAGUUGCUAAUGUAUUAAUGAGAGUACCAGAAGAACAUUGGUCAGAAUUGUGCCUAUUAUAUCUUAAUGAUGUCCUAAGGAGUGUGCAUAUGGUUCCUCAUCAUAAAGCUUCUGAUGAAUAUGAGAUAUUAAAAAAUGCUCUUAAUGCUCUAAUUAAUGGUCCUGAUCUCUCUCCACACAAAUCCCUUCUUUCCUUUCUUGCAGCAGUUCAUGUUGUAUACAAUGAGUAUGAAAAGGAAAUUGUGUGGUUUGGACAACUGACAGCACAAAUUCCAGGAAUAUUACUUCAGCUAGCUCGAGAAGAUUUUUGUGACUGCCAAUACUUUAAGCUACCAUUGUAUGCAGUUAGAGUUUCUAUUAGUCUUGAUAACCUUGCCUUGCCCCUUUCACCUGACACGAGAGAAUACGUUUGUCAAAGACUAGUCAAAUUGCAAUUGUGCCAAAACUCAAUUGAUUCUAUAUUAACUCUUGCACCAAAUAAUGAAUUUACUCAAGAAAUCAGGACAACAUGGCAACGUGUAAGAGCUGUCCAGCUUUUUAUUGAGCAUGUAGCCUUAAAAUGCUCACAUGAUCAGGAUGAUGAAAAGUUUAUCGCGUUUGUGCAGUAUGCUAUCAGAAUCAAUGUUCGUCUGAAAUGUGAGUUUGUGAAAAAAGAAGCUAUUAUAAAUGUUGAGAAAGUUUUACGAACUGUGGACAGAGAAGCUAAAUCAAAGCUAAAAUUUUCUGGAAAAAUGAAGGAAAUGCUUCGAGAGUGUUGCAAAUCCUAUUUUAUGGAAGUUGUUUCUUCUCUAUGUUUUGGUCAAGCCACUCCACCUGAGCCUGAUCUUAUUAGUGAGCUGUUAAAUAUUGUUAUUACAGAACAGAAUAAGACUAAAGAGUUCACUUACUCUGAGGAGGAAAAAGCUGAUAAAGUUCCUGUCAUACGAACCUUUUUACUACAGCUACUACUCGAACACAAUAUGGAGGAAGUGAAACAACAUUUAAGUUCUUACUUUGAGAAAGCUCAGCACCUGAUUCAAAAUGAUCAUAACUUGUGUCUAUUAUGUAUCCAGUGCUUAGAGGAUGCCAUUUACAAGCAGCAUGGUCAAUUUUCUCUUCAAAUGAAAGUGGAAAAGGCUCUUUCUACAAUUGAGCAGGGAAAGAAAUUAAUCAGUGGUAGCGAGACCCCUUAUCCAGGAGAAGUAAUCAGUUUGGAAUAUUUGGAAGGAGUCUCAAUGUUACGAUUCUCGCUGUCUGUCAUAGCUGAGCUUAUUUAUUACCAGUAUAGCAACAAAGAGACUGAAGGAAUAACAUACACUCACCAUUCACAGCUCCUCUUAAACAAAGCUAAGGAAUGUUGCAGUGAUGAUCAUUUAAAUGAGGAUGACACUGGACCUGGUGUGUUCCUUCUCAAACAACUAGGAAAGCAAUAUGGAGUUGCUUUCCUCACUAACCUUACUUCUGAUCCUACUAUGCAGUGGGUAGUACCCCGAAGCUUACGCCAAUCAGAUCAUGAAGAUACUCAUCAAGUCAAUGAUCCUUUUGUAAUUUAUGAUGGUUAUGACAAAUUUCAAACAAUCCUGACCGAUGCAGUGUAUGGAAAGGACUUGACACAACUACAAGCAACUAUCCAAAGUCUUUCUACUGCAGAUGUGGUUCCAUUACUGGUAGGAACUUAUCAAGUUAUAUCUGGUAGUGCUGUGUUUACUGCUGAGUCUAAAAUAAUUUCAGACACCAUUAAAAAAGAAGUGUUAGCUACUAUUAGACAAUGUAACGGACUUAAAAAAGAACUUUUAUUGAUAGCUCAGCAUCUCAUAGAGGAUAAUACUUAUCAUAGUAGACUGGAGGUCAUGACUCUUAGACCAGGAAUGAGCCCACAGAAUAGAUUACUGACUGAUCUUGUUACUCAUGUAGCCAUAGCUGUACAAUGUACAUCAAAUAAAUUACUUACACCAUUCAUUGAAAUGAUAAGUCGUCCAGGAGAUUUAAAAGAUUGUUUUUUGCCUACAAUGCCAGACGAUUCUCUUCCUGAUGUUAGGAAUGCUGUUGGUGCUGGACAGUUUUAUGAAUGUCCAAGAGGACAUCCUUAUUUUGUGUCUGAGUGUGGUAGACCACUUCAACAAUAUACUUGUCCGAUUUGUCACUCACGUAUUGGUGGUCAAAAUCAUACACUUGAAUCAACAAAUAGGAUUGCUAGGACGACUGAUAUAACUGAAACUGGUUAUGCUCUUGGUCAACCACAUCAAAGAGAAAGCAUGCCAUCAACUGAAAGGUCAUUAUCUGUUCCAGCCUGUGCUAUUAUUAGAGCACUAAUGCACUCUUCAUUACUUUGGACUUCAUGUACUAAUGAGCACUCAAUGAAUAAUUUAUUGGAUUUGAUCAAGACACCAGUUGCCCCAAAUAAUGUGUCAUUGUUUUUUUGGCAGCAUCUAUCUUAUGACAUUAAAAUGUUAAGUGCCUCACUAGGCAAGAGUCAAGAUGAUGCUUGUCUUAUAUUGCAUAUACUGUUAAAGAACAUUGCCACUUUGAAUCCUAGAGGAGGAAAUGCAACAAACCUUAGUUCAAAGGAACACAGACGUGAAUGGGAAAAGUCAUUUCAUGACUUAUAUAUUAAACCUGUACUGACAAAUUUAGAUGCCAACCUUCAUAAAGUAACUGAUUUAAUCUUAAAUCACAAAAAAGAAGAACGUGAUCGAUUGUUUUAUGUGAUUCAUGAGAGAGUACAGAUACCACCUAAUGUUAUUGUGCCUCAUUUGUGGAGUUAUCAUUCACGCAUUACACUCAAAAAUGUGCUGCAAGUACUACAAGCAGAAAAAGAAACUUAUCCAAUAUUAUAUGAGUUUUUGAUACAGGAUCAGUUUCUAAGAGCUACACAAUACCUUCCAUCUAUUAUUAAAUUGCAGCAGCAAAUGUAUAAAAUGAGUCAUAAAAAGUUGGACAAGAAAGAAGCAACACAAUGGACAAUCAGAGACUACCUUAAAGGCUUUAGGCAGCCACGAGGAACUCAAGGUGAAAACAAGAGGAAUCAGUUUCAAGACCGCCUGAACUGUGUCAUAAAAGCUUGGAAUCUUGUUAAAGAAAGACUAAAAGAUGCUCAUGUUCACGUUGAUCCUAAUAUUAUACAAUCAUUGUCAUGGGAUGAAAAAACUCCUCUCUCUUAUCUGAUACCAACCUUAACUGGUGAUGGAGCCUGUACUGUAGCACUAGUGGGCUUGCUAGUUGGAAUACAUAAUGAUUUUUUGGAAAAAUGCCACUCACAAUUAGAGACUAAACUGAAGAAAAAUAAAAGUAAAAUGUGUAAAGUCCCAGCCAGUCAGAUUCAGUUAUGUCAUCUAUUGGACUAUGAACAUCAGAUUCUAUCAAUUGUUCUGUCCCACUGCCACUACUCACUGAAGCAUGGAAAGGGUCAUGAUGUGAACUAUGAUUUUGCUGCACUUGAGAAACACAUUGUUGAUAGGUUUAUUCAUGGGAAGCCAUACAUACAGUUGGAAUUUCCUCAAGUUGUGUACAGAAAAGAUGUUUAUACUGCUGAGGCUUUUGCUAACAUAAGGAAAAAUGUACAACCUCAGAGACAACUGACUGUAAAACAACAAACAGACAUUGUUCAUGAGCUACACAGCAUGAAGCAUCUGAGAGAAUGUCUUGAUGUGGUAGAGAUUGUGAUUGGUUUUCUUUCUUCUGGUAAGAGCAGUUCUAAGACAGAAUUGAAGACGUACAUUAAGAGAGUAGUAAGGAUUGAUGAAAAGAGAUUCACCAGCAAGAAGGCAAUGGAAUACUGUACUCUUGGCCACAUAUUGUCACUAUGGGAAACACUCUCUGUCCAAAUGGCAAAAUGUCUCACGAUUCGAAGCCAAGAAGCUUUUGAUUCCUUUGGUGAAGAAUUGAUGAAAAACCUCUCAAAAGACCAAGUGGAAAAAUUAAAGUCAUAUUUGAAAGGAAUAGAUGUUCCUCCUUUUCUUAAUCUCUUAUACGAGUUUAUUGAAACGACUGUUCGUCAUUAUGAAUCAAAUCACAUUGACAUAACUUGGUCUUUGAGUGACACUUUAUACCUUCAUUUGGAAAAUUCUGAGUUGGAAUAUUUACUUCCCGAAGAUUUUCAGAAGAAAUUUCCAAAGUCAAUUACUGUAGAUCAGACAGUGGAAGUAUGGAAAACUAUUGUUAUGUUUCAGUAUGAUUACGAACAAAAAAUAGCAUAGUUAUUGACUUUUUGUAGCAAUUUUUCAUUUAAUUUAUUUGUGUAGAUCUAAUUUUUUUGUUUUAGCUGAAAUAA